CGGGGGCGCGCUCCUCCCCCUCGCGGGCGGCCGGGCUGGCCGCACCGACCCCCCGCGCGUCGCACAUGGAGCGCUGGACCGAGGCGGCGGCAGCGGGCAGCGGCGCUUCUGUGGCUCGCUCAGCCGGCCCUCCCGCUCCUGUGCGCUGCCCCUCCAGGCCCGUGUGCGUGGUCACCAUGGCGUCCAGUGAGGAGGACGGCACCAACGGCGCCUCCGAGGCCGGCGACGAGAAGGAAGCCACCGGCAAGCGGAGACGCCUAGGCUUCUUGGCCACCGCCUGGCUCACCUUCUACAAUAUCGCCAUGACCGCCGGGUGGUUGGUUCUAGCUAUUGCUAUGGUACGCUUUUAUAUGGAAAAAGGAACACACAGAGGUUUAUAUAAAAGCAUUCAGAAGACACUUAAAUUUUUCCAAACAUUUGCUUUGCUUGAGGUAGUCCACUGUCUAAUUGGAAUUGUACCGACUUCUGUGCUUGUGACUGGGGUCCAAGUGAGUUCAAGAAUCUUCAUGGUAUGGCUCAUUACUCACAGUAUAAAACCCAUCCAGAACGAAGAGAGUGUGGUGCUUUUUCUGGUUUCCUGGACUGUGACCGAGAUCACUCGCUAUUCCUUCUACACAUUCAGUCUUCUCGACCACUUGCCGCACUUCAUUAAAUGGGCCAGAUAUAAUUUUUUUAUCAUCUUAUAUCCUGUUGGAGUUGCUGGGGAACUUCUCACAAUAUAUGCUGCCUUGCCUUACGUGAAGAAAUCAGGAAUGUUUUCAGUCAGGCUUCCUAACAAAUACAAUGUCUCUUUUGACUACUACUAUUUUCUUCUCAUAACCAUGGCCUCAUAUAUACCAUUGUUUCCUCAACUCUAUUUUCAUAUGUUACGUCAAAGAAGAAAGGUGCUUCAUGGUGAGGUGAUUGUAGAGAAGGACGAUUAAAUGAUCCCUACAAACAAGGUGCUUUUUCCUGAAAAACCGGAUUACUUGAGUCCAAGUUUUAAUAACAAGAAUAAACAACUUCGUGAAAUACCAUGAAUUGUAUUGUCUCUUGAAAUAUAAGGAAAAGCAUGGUGUUUGCCAGUAUGUUCUUCGUAUUGUGCUGCAUCUGUUUUUGAAAGCUGCAAAUAUUCUGAACUGGUAGGUGAUGGGUGAGGAUGAGUCAUUUAGAAAACAGUUGAAUAUAUUACCUGGGAAAAGGAAUUUUCGUUACCUUUACUAAUGUUUUCUACAAAAUAUGCCCAAGGCCUUCAAAAUCAAUAGGUAGAAAUUGGUUUAAUUUAACAUGGUACCUACCAAUGACAUUUAUAUUUUACUUAUAACUGAAAGCCAAUACAAAAAUGUAAAAAUUGAUUGAUAAUGUAUUACAACCCCUAGUCCAUUGUUUCAAAUAGUGGGGGAACAUUUCAGAUUAAUAUCAAUAUCUGAAAGAGUAGACAUAAUUUUCUGUAGUAAGCUUUUGAUGUAAAGUAGAAACAAAAAAAAUAUUCAAAUAAAUUCCACAGUUGGUAACCAUUUUCUUUUCUUUGGGAGAGGGUUUGGGGUUGGUGGAGACACACAGCCCAGGAUCCUGGACACUCCAAGCAAGUGCUCUGUCACCGAGGGGCAUCCUCAGGCCCAGAAAAAUAUCUAUUGAAGAUCCUUCUA